GUCAUGACGCAGGACUCCAUUGCGUUGACGCGGCGUUACGUCCAACCAAUCAGCAGCAGUUUCCUAAGCCCAGGAAAGAAGCAGAUGAUAUGGCAGCUUUGUGAGCGGCCAGGUGGAACUCGCUUUUGUUUGAUCGGGCUGACAGCGGAUCAUGAGCACACUCUAACCCGCACACCACAGCGGGGAUCCCGGUACAAAAAUGAUAUAUCUGAUAUUAAUUUCUGCCUUUUCCGGGGCAGUCGUGACGGUCCUUUUGCAGCUCUUACUGCUGUACCGGAGGAGCCCCGAGCCUAUCGCGAGGACAGUGCAAUAUGUCAAAGCGGUUCCUGAUCCAGCACUGAAGGAUUACUUUAGCAAUCAACAAGCCGAACCAACGCAGCAACAACAAGAAAUCGCAUCAUCUGCCUCCAAACAACCAGAGGCAGGGUCUCCCAAACAGCAAGACGCCACUGUCUCCGGUAGCAGCCCCAAACAACAGCCGCCCUCGCCACCACCUUGUCAAAGCGACCCCCAGCAUACGUCCAAAGCGGAGACGUGCGACUUUCUCAACGCAAUAAUUCUGUUUUUGUUCCGCGAGCUGCGUGACACUCCUGUGGUCCGACACUGGAUCACCAAAAAGAUCAAGGUGGAGUUUGAGGAGCUCCUCCAAACCAAGACAGCCGGCCGUUUGCUGGAGGGUCUCAGUCUGCGGGAUAUAUCCCUGGGCAACUCGGUGCCCGUCUUCAAAACAGCCAAACUCAUGAAGCCUGUGGCUGUCAAUGAGGACAACAUGCCAGAAGAGCUCAAUUUCGAGGUUGACUUAGAAUAUAACGGCGGAUUUCAUCUGGCCAUCGAUGUAGAUUUAGUGUUUGGCAAAUCUGCGUAUCUGUUUGUCAAAAUGACCCGGGUGGCGGGCAGGUUGAAGCUGCAGUUCACCCGUAUGCCUUUCACGCACUGGUCCUUCUCCUUCCUUGAGGACCCGCUCAUAGACUUCGAGGUAAAGUCUCAGUUUGAGGGUCGCCCUCUGCCCCAGCUCACCUCCAUCAUAGUGAACCAGCUCAAGAGAGUUAUCAAGAGGAAGCACACCUUACCAAAUUAUAAAAUAAGGUACAAACCCUUUUUUCCCUUCCAAGUGCAGCCACCUCUGGUGUCAUCAUGUGACCUGGACAUGUCCAUCCAAAACACCCUGUUGGUAGAGGGACGUCUGCGGGUCACACUUGUUGAAUGUAGCAGGUUAUUUAUCCUGGGGUCAUAUGAAAGAGAGACGUAUGUUCACUGCACCUUAGAGCUUAGUGACAACGAAUGGAGAGAAAAAACCCGGAGCUCUAUUAAAGAGACUGAGGUUAUUAAAGGGCCGUCUGGUAGCGUGGGAAUGACCUUCAGACAUGUGCCGGCUACUGAUGGUGACACAGUGCAUGUGAGCAUAGAGACCGUCACCCCAAAUUCUCCAGCUGCCCUGGCGGACUUACAGAGAGGAGAUCGCCUCAUUGCUAUUGGAGGAGUCAAAGUGACGUCCUCUGUUCAAGUGCCGAAGCUGCUUAAACAAGCUGGAGAGAGAGUGCUAGUCUUAUAUGAGAGGCCGGUCCGGCACCAGGUGCCUAGUGUAAGUUUGGGGCAGAUUCAGGAACCCCUAGGGCCCAUGGAGGAAUCCAACUAUCUUCCUCAGCCUGGGGCCUGUGAGGAGGACCCAGCCCCAAUAACCACCUUGGACAUUUCUGAUAACAGAGACAAUGACUCUGAAUUUGAGGAGCUGAUUGUGGAUUCCAAACCAAGUGGUGCUUCAAUCAGUGUUGACACUAAGGAGGAUUUCCUGCUCUCUGUAAACCAAAGCCCUAAAAAGACUGUGGCCAACCUGACCAAGCCCCUUGGUUCCAUCUCGCCAAUUCUCAACCGCAGACUGAACCUUCAGUCCCCACUCAAGCCCCAACCCAAAGAAUCACCAAAGCCGGCAACUCCCAAGACUGCUGAACCUUCUGAACAGCCACAGAGACCAACAGUGCCCCCUCCUCCACCACCUGCACGGCCUCCUGUCCCUCCCAGGCCCCAAAUAAAGGUCACAUCAGCCUCCUCAGAAACCCAAAACCUGGUGGAAGGCAAUGAGCCUGCAGUCGAGAAAAGUCCUGAGAAAACACUGUUUAGUGCUAGCAAUGGGGACAAACCAGCAGAGACAAAGUCUGUGAGUAAACAACCAGAUCCUGCUGAGGAGAUCCCAAGUUCUCCUGCCACUACCAAGCAAGAUUCAGCCAAAGACAAGAUAUCUGAGAGCUCCUACAACACUAGGGACAGUCUAGACGAACAGGGUCUCUGGGAAUCACCUGAGACCAUGUACCGCAACAGAUUUGCUCGUUGGAAUAAAGCAUCAAUGGUUUUCGAGGUGGAAAGCAACCACAAAUUCCUUAAUGUAGCGCUUUGGUGCAAGGAUCCCUUCAAGCUCGGUAGUCUCUUGUGUUUGGGCCAUGUCAGCUUGCACUUGGAACACAUUGCACUGGAAUGCUUAUCUACAUCGUCUGCUGAAUAUCAAAGCACCUUCCGUAUAUGUGCCCCUGAACCAAGGGCCAGUGUCAGCCGUACGGCUUUGCGCAACUUGAGCACUCACAAAGGUUUCAAUGAGAAACUGUGCUACGGAGACGUCACGCUCAACUUCAUCUACCUAGGAGAUGGGGAGUCGGACUCGGCCAGUGGACUGACAGAACGUGAACGAGAGGGGAUUCUUCAGGAAGAGGAGUUUAGGGACAGAGAAAGGGAGCAGGUGCUCAUGGUAACCCGGGACGAUCACAGCUACAGCAGCAUGCAGUUUGGAGAGAUGCGGCACAAUUUUCAAGACACUCAGUUCCAGAAUCCCACUUGGUGUGAUUAUUGCAAAAAGAAAGUGUGGACCAAGGCUGCUUCACAGUGCAUGAUUUGUGCUUAUGUCUGUCAUAAGAAGUGUCAGGAGAAGUGCCUAACUGAGCACCCUCGCUGCCUAGCAACCUCAGACCGACGUGGGGCAGAUCCUGAGGCAAAAUCCACAAUCAACCGGGCUACCACAGGCCUCACGCGUCACAUUAUUAAUACCAGCUCCCGUCUCCUCAAUCUGAGGCAGGUGCCUAAAGCAAGGCUUGCAGAACAGGUUGCAGAAAUGGGACCAUUGGUGGUAGAACCUUCUCCAAAGCAUACGCCUAACACGUCUGACAAUGAGAGUAGUGACACGGAGACCUAUACUGGGGCAAGUCCUUCCAAACAACCACCUGGCAGCAGCAGCUCAAAACUGGCACGCAAGGAAGGUGGACUGGACGACAGCGUAUUUAUCGCCGUCAAAGAGAUUGGUAGAGAUCUUUACCGUGGGCUUCCCACAGAUGAACGCUCACAGAAGCUGGAGCUUAUGUUGGACAAGUUGCAGCAGGAAAUUGACCAGGAGUUGGAGCAUAACAACUCUCUGAUAGGGGAAGAACGAGAGACGAUCGAUGCCCGACGCAAGGCCCUUCUUUCUGCGGCUCUGACCAAGUCUGGUGAACGUCUCCAAGCUUUGACUCUGCUCAUGAUUCACUACCGUGCUGGCAUUGAAGACCUAGAAUCUGUAGAAAGCACCUCACCGUCUGAGCAGCAUGGCUUUCCGAAGGCGAAAGCUGAAGGUCUGGAGGAUGCUCUGAUGGGCGCAGAAGUGUAUGACAGUGACAUUUGCAGUCCAAUUGAUGGUCAGGUGCUGGAUGAGAUUUCAGAGGAGCAGAUCUGUGUAGAGGCAUUACCAUAGAAAGACAAAGGGUGCCAGGGGCUUGAGACUCAAAAACAAAGGAUUUUUCUCAUGUAUGACAUAGAUUAAGAAUGACAUGUGAACAUCACACAGGUGAAUGUAAAUGUGAGUUUUACAAAAGUAUUCUUGGAAAUUUACCAGAAUAUUAUUGAAAUAUAAUUUGAAGAGUUUUGUCAGUGUGAGCAGUUUACCAAUUAUUUUUACUUUUUAAUUUUUUUUAAUAAAUAUUGUUUUUCACAUUUUUGGCCCUUUAUUAACUGAUGUGGCGGACUAAACCAUGAAUUUGUGGACUUUCAGCAGUAUUACAAAAACAAAGUUUUACCUGCCUUACCUAAAAGGUGCAAUUCAUUUUUUAUCAUACAAAUGCUUCAAAAGAGUGAUGUUGAAGUAAAAUAUUCCUGAAAAAAAUAACAAGUAUAAAUCUCUUUUCAUUCAAUCCUUGUGCAUCACUACAGACUGAAUCUUAUAAAUUUGUGCUGUUGGUAAUAUUCACAGUUGGAAAUACAUCCUUACCAGUUUAUUUUGUUUUGAGCAUCAAGCCCCUCUGCCUUAGACUGUCCAUUCCUGAACAGCAGUCCAGAUAAUAUGUCCAGAAAAAUGCCAUUUUAUUUCCUCAUUGUUCCUAUAUUGAUUCUUAGCCAUCAUGAUCUUCUAAUGUUAAGCACCUUUUAUCAUGUAAGUUUUUUGAGAAGAGUCAGUUGUGUUAUUUCAAUCUGUUUUGUCAUUGUGUUUAAAAUGUUUAAAUAUUUAAUUGUGAGGGAAAGGACAGAUAACCUUGGUGUUAUUAUAACAUACCUUUACUACUGGGGACCAUUCUUUAUGAAAUUCAUUUAAAUUUGUCACACUAAGCCAUUGUGACAUCACAUUUUACUUUCUCAAGGGAGGGGGGGAUAUUUAUAUUACAUACUGAUAAUAUCUGUUUCAUAAUAUAUUUUCGAUAAUUGUCUCCGUCUCUAUGUUGUGAUCUCACAAUUGCUUUGUUCUGAGCCUCUGUGAGUAAAAAAAUGCAGCAGUUUUUUUCGAACCAGUUGCUUGAGAUAAAAUGCAGAUUCUUAUUAACAGGUGCAGUUUUUCUUAUUUGGUUUAUGUGGUUAUAUUUUUAUGUGUCAAGAUGUUACGUUUGUUUGUGUUUUGUCAUGUUUAUUUGUAGUUUUGUGUUGGUAAUUUGUUUAUGGAUGCAAAGAAAUUUUCAGUGCUCACAAAGCUCCACAUUAUUUUUGGGCAAAGUUUGGCCCCAAAUGAAUGUAUCUCACAAACGGUUCACUUUACUAUCAUUUUCCUUUCGCUCUCAAAACACAUCAGCUCUUACAGUGUAUAACAACAUUAAAGACUCUUGUCAAUGCAUACAGUAUUGCUUAAGCAAAACCUUGCUAACCCUUGUAUGUUGUGGCGUCUGUAUGUACGUAUAGCCAGCCAGGCAGUUUCAUUUUUGCAUUUAUCAAACCACAGACAGAAACAGGAUUGUUUUAAAGACAAUAAGCCGGACGUGUAGUAUCAGAUGUUAUAUGACCUCUUAUAAGAUCUUGCACCCUCGUUUGAUUGGUCCAAACAAGAGCAGUUUUUGCUAUUAUUGUUCACAUGCUUCCAUUGUAUGUACAAUAUGGCAAGGGAUUAUUGCAUUAUCAGAUCUGUCUUCAUGAAUUAAAGCUUUUUGGUCAAAACAGACGAUAAGGCGUUGGAUUGUGGAUGACACAAGUCCGUACGUGCUCCUACAACGUUUAUUCAGCUGGUGUAGAAACAAACUCGCAUUCUUGCUUGUGCAAUAUUUACUAUAGGACAUUCGCGUAUGACUACAGCCAGAGGGAAGCAUUGUCUUUAUCCUGAUGUAUCACUUGAAAGAAUGACAUUGACAUUUAAAUGUUAAGCUCACCAAAUUACAGAGUUUGUUUGUUUGGGCUGUUUUAAUUCUAUUUGUCGGGUUGCUGCCGCUGUUAUUCUGUGCUUCUCAAAUUCAAUGCCAAUACACGCUCUUAAAAUAUUUCUCCAAUUAUCUCACAGUGGAAAAACAAAAAAGAAUCGAUAUAAAACAUCACACUUGGCAAAAUGUGGUAAAGUUUUUUUGCGAAAGCUUUUUGGAAGCUGUAUUAUGUUUUAAAGCGCUAUUGUAAAUAGCCUGGUAAUGUAGGUCACUUUAAACCCUAUUCUUUCUCCCUGAACUCUUAUAGUGCUCAACAUGUGGGUUCAUCUUUUUGUUGUUGUUAUUUUUGCUUCAUGUAAAUCUGAUUUUGUUCGUUUGUGGGUUUUAACUAUGGUUAAGGGCAUCUCCAGAAAAAGUGCACAGCUUUUAAACUUGCUGCAAGGUCUUUACGCACUGACAUAUCAUAUUUGCUUAUGCACUUGAGAUAAAUAAAUUAUUAGAAAUUUAAAA